UGCGAGCGUUUCGAAGCGCGUUUGGAAGCGUUGGCGAAGUGAAAAUUCGUUUAAAAACUUCCAGCCCCGCAAUAGGUGGCUCCCCCGUUUGAACCUACGUUUUGUUUCAUCAACGGAUUUUGUAACCCUGGCCCCGGAAACCCUUAACAGUUUGCAGAGCUGUUUUCGUUCGAGGGAAAUCUAGUUCAACCAGCGUACCGCACACAAUUCGCUCCUUGCUCGGGUGAGACAGAGUGGCUGCAGGUAGGGGCGGUGACAAUCAGCGCCUUGGAGAAGGAGGAGGAGGAUUCCGGUUUCGUGCCCCCUGCUUUGCGGAGAAGGACCACAGUCCAUGAGCAAGAUGACGCGCUACAGCGAGGCCAAGUCCGUGAAGGUGGACAACUGGGGCGUGUUCUUUCUGCAGAAGCUGCAAAAUUUCUUCAACAAGACCGAUCACUGCGACCUCACGCUGCAGUUCAACGACAACUCGCAGCUCAAGGUCCACAGGCUGGUGCUGUCCGCCUGCACAGACUACUUCAACCAUCUGGAGAGCGUCUGCGAGAUGUACGACGAUGUGCUCAUCAUGCCCAUGGACCUGCAGGCGGAUGUCAUCGUCCCGAUUGUCAACUUCAUGUACACCGGCACCCUAGAGUUUCAGUAUACCAUGUACGAGCGACUGCUGAAGACGGCCACGGAUAUGAACAUGACCGUGUUGUUGAAGCUGCUCGAGGCCCACCGCCAAACGUCGCGCAUCUCCAAACAGCCAGUAUUGCUCAAUAAGCAGGCGCCAAGGGCCGGUGUGCCGAUUGCUCGGCCAGCAACGACCUACCACCCCAAUGCUCCGCGUCCUGCCGCCAGUACCGUCGCGACUCGAUCUAAUGCUGCACUGAAACCACGUCUGCCGGUAAUGCGACAACAGAUAAGCCCCGGGAGUGGUAAGGAUACGCCGGAAUCGGGCACACUGGUGGCAAAGUACGGCCACGCAAAGGAAUCCAAGUCGGGACCGUCACGCUUCGAUGACACCGAUCUCUCCGAGGGUUUAGAGGGACAUUUCGAUGACAUCUCUUAUGAGAGCAAGCCACUGCUGACGGCUGUUCAGGUAAAAAAGGAGGAUGAACCAUCACCCUUUGAGAAGCUGCGCAAAGGCUACACCAACACCAAUGUGGCAAAGCGGGCUUCCGGUGGAACCAUUACCUCACCGCCCGCCAAGAAACCCAAUCUGGAAGAGGUCAAGGAGUUCACCGAGGCAGCCCGGCUACGCAGCCAACUGAACACGGACGACGACGACUCACCGGACUAUGUCGAUGAUGAUACGCAUUUUAACGAUGACGACGAUGAAGAUUAUCAGCCCCCGGCCUCGCUCAAGUCAGCCCUGGCCAAAUCACAGGCGAACAAGCAGAUUGUCGUCAAGCAGGAAACUAAAUCUCCGAGCGCGAUGGCAUCUUCGAUGAAGCAAAUCACCGUCAAGGAUGAGUCAGGAAAUGUCGAUCAUGCAAAGAUCAUAUCGGAGGUACUCAAGAAGUACCCGCAUUUGGUGAAGCAGAACAAAAACAUCAAACUGAAAAUCAUGCAAAAGAUGCCAUCCGGCUCUAACCAGGCAGCCGGGAGCGGAGCCCAGGCUGGGAGCAGCAAAGUGGAGAUCCGCACCGCAACACCGCUCAAACAGGACAUCUCGAUGGUACGCAAAGCGACGGCUUCCAUUCGUAGCGAGCAGCUACUGAAACCGGGAAGCACCACGGCUAGCGGAAGUGCUGCUGCUGCUGCUGCUGUGGGGGGUGGUAGAGGUGGAGGUAAUAACAGCAGCAAGAGUGCCACAACAACGGCCACGGCUACUAAGCCAAAUCCUCCAAAAACCAUUGACGCAAAGACGAUGCAUGCUUUGAUUGCGAAGGGUGCCGAAAACAUGACCGGCCCGUGGCUAUGCCUACGCUGUGGUAUCAACGGUCGCCCAAUUAGCAUUCCCAGCUACAAGGCUUUCCGCAACCAUUUGCUCGUGAAGCACAAGGAGCGCAUCGAUGCACGGAUCUGCGAGCAUUGCGGAUGGCGGGCCGAAACCCGCAAUCCUCAUUUGGUGUAUCAUUGGUUUGUGGAGCAUGGAAUCAAACCGCCGGUCAAGUUUCCUACUUGCAGCGAGUGCGAUCACGUAGCCAUGACUAACGGCGCUCUGAAGCAACACGUGGAGGAAACGCAUCAGCAAGAGCGACAACACUGCAUCUACUGCAACAAGGUGUUCGAAAAGGAGCUGGAUCUAUAUUAUCAUAUGAAGGAGCAGCACCGCGAGCGGGCUCGCAGUGACGGAGUGCUGGAUUUUAGUGAGGAUGAGGACGAGUUUCAAGAAGGAAGGGAGGAAUCUCCACCAGCGCAUCGUCCAGCAGAGGGCAAGAUAAAGAUCCUGUCCAACAUUACAUUGCCCUUGAAAGCAAAUACGCUACCGUUUGUCAUAGAUACGGCUCAGUCGCAAACGGUUUCACAAAUUGGCGGAAAAGGAUCAUCGGAAGCGGAAGCACUGAGCAAUGUGGCUUCUGGUAUCGCCACAAGCCUGCGACUCGUCGGUGAUACUGGUGUCGUAAUCGACGAUCCCAACUAUCAAAACGAGUUCAUCGAGGCAGAGCUGGCAAGCGUGCACGGUGAAAAUGCGGCCACCAUCAGCGCUGAAAACACCGGCGUCAUCACGAAGUUGUUGUCCGAGGACGGGACCGAGAUACAGCUGACACCGUCACAGCGAGAGGAUAUCAUUUCACAGUUGCAAAUCAACUCUGCUAACGUGGUUAUGAUGAACGAGGUCAAGUUUGCCGAUGGCUCUACGCUACAGAUCAAUGACGGUAUGCAGAUUGUCGAAAGUGCGGCCGAUACGGAUGGUGCUGUUGCCGGUGGCAACCAAAACAUCAUGCUCGUCUACAGCGAUAGUGCAACGGAUGCUGGAACCGAAGAUCGCAAGACGAAUUCCACGAAUCACGAAGAGGAUGCGCCCUCUGAGGAUGAUGAAAACUCGCAAAACUCGGCUGCGCUAUCGGAGAAAGCAUCCUCAUCGAUAGAUAAGCCGGCGAAUGAGGAGAGCAGCGUGGCACCCGAAGAGGAGGAGGAGAGUCAAGAGUCGCGCAAAACGGAUGUGAGUGGUAAAGAAGAGGUUGGCGAGGAAGAUGAUACUGCCGAAGACGUGGAUAUGCUUCCUGCCGAUACCAGCUUCGAGAGCAGCGAACCGGUUAAACCAACGACCAAGGCUGGCACAAGCGAUAACAAGAAAGUGGAAAAUCAGAAGCAACAUAAAGAAGAUGCCGAAGAAGAACGUCACAGAUCAGAUAAAUUAAAAUUAAUAUCAGAGCUGGAAGGGGACUGGUCGGAGGACACCGAAGAGCAAUCGACGGCGUCAGUUUCCACGGCACCGGCCGCCAAAGCGGAAUCGAAACAAUCGGCGAGCGAUGAUUCCACAGAGAAUCGUUCCAAUAAGAAAGGGGCAUCCACCGUAGAAAAGAAAUCGGUUUCGGCGGUUGUAGGGACGAGCUCCUCAUCCAAGAAACCCAGUACCUCCGAGAAGGAUAAAAAGAAGGAAGACAAGCCGAGUGUCUCUAACCCAGAUAAGAAGCCCGUUGCCAGCGAGAGCCCUGCUGGGAAAGAGAUCGAUAAGCUACUGGACGAAUGGAGCAACGAGCCUGGAUCGAAACAGGAUGACUCCGACACGGAGACAGAGUUGGGAAAGAAAACGCCCAAAGCUGCUGGUGGAUCGAUAAAGACAGAGAAGGAAAAAAUUAAACAGGAACAUGAAGAUCAAAAUGAAAAUGAUGACGACUCGAAGGCGAUGGAAACGGAUGAAGUGGAAGAUGCGCCAGCCAGCAAAUCUAGCGAUGUUGAAAAAGCAUCAAAAACAUCACCAUCGACAGUCGAUACGGAUGAUGCGACAAGUGCGAAGAAAUCGGACGCAUCCAGCAAAGCGGCAACGGCAAAGAAGUUGGAAAAUGUAAAGACAGAGGAUGAAGAGGAGGAUCAGGAUGAGGAAGAUAAGGAGAAGGUGUCCAAGUCGAAGGAUGUAAACUCUUUACUGGGCGAAUGGGAUGAAGACGAUGAGCUAUAAAGCAGUGAAGAAACAUGAAAAACCCCAGAUUUUGCCCCAGAUCCUAGUUUGUAGCCAGUAGCGAUAAGCAACGUGAGUGUUUUGUUUUUGUAGAAGGUUUUAUUCGUUACGUAAGUGAUCAAUGCAUGAAGUCUAAAGGAAUUAUGCAAAACAAAAUGAUUUUGCAAAUCACGCCACACUUUUCAAAGUGAAGCGUUUUUCUCUGUGCAGAAUUUUGUAAGCUCAUUCUUUUUUAAUACAUUUCUUCAGAGAUUAAACGGCAGUACAAGUACGUAAGUUCUGGGAGAGUUAUCUUUAAAGUUUACUUUAUAUUAAGCUAGUGCUUGGGAAAUAAACAAGAACAAUAGCCUUAGUAACACUU